GGCGAUUCUUCCCCCGACCGCUUCUUCGCAAACCUCCCCCUCUCCCAUCGACUUCCUCCGUCGUCCGUCGCACUGCCACGGAUCACCCUCUUCCUUCGUCUUCCUCCACAAAACCUACAGCGCUGGUGCGCCGAGGAGCUAGCUAGCUAGCCCGGCCGGCCGGCCGGCGCCAUGCCUCCCGUGAAGGCCGAGGACCUGGUUGUGCACGCCGUCAAGGAGCAGUUCGCCGGCCUCGACUACUGCAUCACCAGCCCCCCGCCAUGGAUCACGACGGUGCUCGUUGGCUUCCAGCACUACCUGGUCAUGCUCGGCACCACCGUCCUCAUCGCCACCAUCAUCGUCCCGCUCAUGGGCGGCGGCCAUGCCGAGAAGGCGAUCGUGAUCCAGACCAUCCUGUUCCUCUCCGGGAUCAACACGCUGCUGCAGGUCCACUUCGGCACGCGGCUCCCCGCCGUGAUGAGCGGCUCCUACACCUACAUCUACCCGGCCGUGGCCAUCAUCCUGAGCCCGCGAUACGCGCUCCUCAUCGACCCUCUCGAGAGAUUCGUGUUCACGAUGAGGUCGCUCCAGGGCGCGCUCAUCAUCGCCGGCGUCUUCCAGGCCGUCGUCGGCUUCUUCGGCAUAUGGAGAGUCUUUAUUAGGUUCCUGAGCCCCCUCGCGGCGGUCCCCUUCGUCACGCUCACGGGCCUGGGACUCUUCUUCUUCGCGUUCCCCGGGGUCACCAAGUGCAUCGAAGUGGGUCUCCCCGCCCUUGUCCUCCUGGUGAUCUUCGCAGAGUACGCCUCCCACGUGUUCGCUAAGGGGAGCUUCGUGUUCAGCCGGUGCGCCGUGCUGGUGACCGUCGUGAUCAUCUGGAUCUACGCCGAGAUCCUGACGGCGGCCGGCGCCUACAACGAGAGGGGCCCUGUGACGCAGUUCAGCUGCCGCGCCGACCGCUCCGGGAUCAUCCAGGGCUCACCUUGGGUGAGGUUUCCUUAUCCGUUCCAGUGGGGAUACCCCAUUUUCUGCUUCCAGGAUUGCUUCGCCAUGCUGGCGGCUUCUUUUGCGUCGCUUAUUGAGUCUACCGGCACCUUAAUCGCAGUGUCAAGAUACUCAGGCGCGACGUUCUGCCCACCCUCCGUCUUCUCACGUGGAAUUGGCUGGGAGGGUAUAUCUAUCAUACUGGACGGGAUGUGCGGUACACUGACAGGAACAGCGGCUUCAGUUGAGAAUGCAGGUCUACUGGCAGUGACGCGAGUUGGAAGCCGGCGAGUCAUUAAGAUCUCAGCCUUGUUCAUGAUUUUCUUCUCCUUGUUUGUAAUUGCACCUGACUGGUACGAACUGCAACUCAACAGCCAAAUUUGGGGCGGUUCUUGCAUCCAUUCCAUUGCCUAUUUUCGCUGCACUGUACUGCGUCCUCUUCGCUUAUUCAGCUGGUGCAGGCUUCAGCUUACUCCAGUACUGCAACCUCAACUCCUUGAGGACAAAGUUCAUACUCAGCAUCUCGUUGUUCCUGGGGCUGUCCAUCCCACAGUACUUCCGGGUCUACGAGAUGUUCUUCGGCUUCGGACCAGUUCACACCCAUUCAGUAGCGUUCAACGUGAUGGUCAAUGUCAUCUUCUCAUCGCCGGCGACGGUGGCCGCCAUACUGGCCUACCUUCUGGACUGCACCCACCUGUACUGGGAGGCUAGUGUGAAGAAGGACAGGGGCUGGUUCUGGUGGGAGAAGUUCAAGUCCUACAAGUAUGAUGGCAGGAGCGAGGAGUUCUACCGUCUUCCUUAUGGCUUGAGCAGGUACUUCCCCUCGCUCUAGGACGCCGGGAGGAAGACGACGGACCCAAGUUCUAUGUAGCUGCUCGAGCGUAGAAGCUGAACAUCAGUUGAAGGCAACAGAACCAUAUGUUAUUUUCAUAUAUCAAGCAGUUGGGAGGGAGCUUGAUGUUUUGAUUUACCUUGUAAAACAUUUUGGAUGAUAAACUUUUGCAAUUACUGGGAGAGUAGGAUCAACCAGGGGAGAAUUCUGCAACAAUUCAGUCACCGUUUUUGCUUCAGAUUCGAAACAGAACACAGAUGCCUUCACAGGCUUCGAUUA